AUGAGCAAAGAAGGUAAUGGGUUGGACCAAUUCCCAAAUCCUAUCAAUAGUGGGACUGGUAGAGAUACGGCUAACUCUCAAACGCCAUUACCCUCGAGCAAAAUUUGGUCUACUGACAGAUUGGUGGCCUAUGGCUUGAGAAUGUAUCCCCCAGUGCUCCAGUUCGGCCAAGACUCAAGGGCUGGGCCCCAUUCGGGCACAAGGUCUGAUGGAGUGGGCAGCCUGAAUGACUAA